CUCUGUGUGUCGUUGCAAUGUGGUUUUCCUCUCAGGGAAGCACUAAAGCCCUGAAUUCUCAGUCUGGCUUGCACAUGCUGUCAGAGGCUAGCAGGAGACAGUUUUCCUUUUAAUACGAGGAGAAAAAGCUUUCACUACUGACUCCUCUGGAAAGAAAAUGAAGAGUGCUGCCAGACCUUGGAGUGCAAUGGCAAAGCAAGGGAACCAUGGAAUUGAUCGAGGAAAAUCUCUCCUCACCGCUUCCUCGGGCAUGAAGACCUCCAAAUCCUCUACUUCACUUGCUUUUGAAUCUCGGCUCAGCAAGCUAAAAAGAGCUAGCAGUGAUGACAUGUUAACAAAGCCAGGGGUGACAGCAGCCUCUGGUGUCUCCAGGCUGAAGAAGACUAUUACAACAGGAGCAAUUUCUGAGCUUGCUGAGAAUCGACUGAAGUCCAGCACAGGAAUUGUUUCAUCAGCGAAGCGCACAGGAAUUCCAGCUCCUCGGGAAAUUUCAUCAACUGUCUCCAGAGAGAGAGCUGUGUUGCGUGGUCCAGCCAACACCAGGAAAACUCAGCCCAGCCCAACUUCUUCUGGCACGCCCACCCCUACUAAGCACCUGCGUCCUUCUGCCAAGUCCAAGCAAGAGAAUGAAACUGGGGACAAGGCAGUUCUGGAGUCCCAGGUUAAGGAACUCUUGGCAGAAGCAAAGACAAAAGACACUGAAAUCACCAAGCUCCGGAGCGAGCUGAAGAAAUGCAAACACAAAGGGUCAGUUAACUCUGAAGGGAUUGGUGCUUCAGACCAAAAUUUAGAAACGUUACCAUUAUCACCUGGUGACAUAGACCCAUUAAUACAGACUCUUCAGGAAAAGAACAAGACUUUUGAAAAAGAGCUUGCUAGCCUGGUGGAAGAAAACCGGGUUUUGAAGGAGAAACUGAUUUAUCUAGAGCACUCCCCUCUCUCGGACACAACAACGAGCAGCGGGGGUGACAGCAGCUUCACAACCCCAGUCACUCAAGAAUCAAGUUUUGGAAGCCCAACAAAAAAUCUAUUGAGAGGUGAACCAGAGGAGCCCAGACAGCGUGAGAAUGGAGAAGCAUUGCGAAAGUCAGGUUCUUCUAGCAGUGAUGUGACUAAAGCCUCCUUGUCACCCGAUGCAUCCGAUUUUGAACAUAUAGCAGAUGUACCUUCUAGGCCAGCCUCCUCCAACAGCAACCCCUUCAAGGGUUCCAGAUGCUCCACCACAGGGAGUUCUUCGAACAACAUUAGUGACCUUUCUGUGGCCUCCCUGACGGAGAAGAUACAAAAAAUGGAAGAAAACCACCACAGCACAGCAGAAGAGCUUCAAGCCACUUUGCAGGAGCUGUCAGACCAGCAGCAAAUGGUGCAGGAGCUGACAGCAGAAAACGAGAAGCUAGUGGAAGAGAAAGCUCUGCUGGAGACCUCCUUGCAUCAGCACAAAGAGAGAGCAGAACAGCUUAGUCAAGAAAAAGAAAAGCUGAUGACUCUCCUACAAGAGCGAUCCAAGAAUGAAGAAACCAAAAUUCUGGAGGGGAAAAUCCUUGAACUGGAGCAGAAAUGCACAGAAUUGCUUGAGAAAGCACAGUUUGAAAGAGAGAAGCUGCUCAACAUCCAGCAACAAUUAUCCAGCAGCCUACGGAGCUUAGAAAGGGAGCACCAAGAUGCUCAAGAGGUGAUCAAGGGCCUGAGAGAGGAAAAUGAGAAGUUAGGUGGGCUUUUAGAAAUGGAACGACAGAACAGCAGCAUGGUGGCAAAGUCUCUAGAGGACUGUAAAGUUGCCUUAGAAGGCCUGAAGAUUGAAAAUGGAUCUCUCAAAACUCAGUUAGACAGUGAGAAACAAAAAGCUGCAGAGAUCAAUGCAAUGGGAUGUACUACUGACAAUUCUGAGGUGCAAGAGAUGUUGAAAGUGGCUCAUGCAGAGAAGGAUCAUUUAGAACUAGCUUGUACAGAGCUCAAACAAGAGCUGCUGAAGGCAAACAGCGAAGUAAAACAUGUCCAGGGUCUACUGGCCAAGGUGGAGAAGGAAUGUGGUCAGCUGAAGGAGUUAUAUGACCGACAGGCUGAACAGUUGAGCAGAACCAGCCUGAAGCUGCAGGAGAAAACUUCUGAGAAUGAGUCUGAGAUCAAAAACCUGAAGGAGACCAUCUUUGAGCUGGAGGACCAGGUGGAGCAGCAACGUGCUAUCAAACUGCACAACAACCAGCUCAUCAGUGACUUGGAGAGUAACGUGAUGAAUCUAGAAGAGCACAAGCUGGAUCUGGAGAGGCAGCUGAAGGGUCUGACUAAGCAGAUAAAGGAAGAUGCAGAGGAGUGGAGGCGUUUUCAAGCUGACCUACAGACUGCAGUGGUGGUAGCCAAUGAUAUCAAGUGUGAGGCUCAGCAGGAGCUGCGGGUGGUGAAGAGGAGGCUCCAGGAGGAAGAGGAGAAAAAUGCCAAGCUGCAGAAGGAGCUGGAGGAACUGCAGGGCAGCAGCAGGCUGACAACUGAGGAUGUGAAUUCUGUAGAAGCAGAUACCACCAACCGCUGGCAAGGAGUCUGUGUCAGCAGGGCAUCACCCACUCCCUCAGAGUCUGCAGCUACUGUCAAGUCACUCAUCAAGUCAUUUGACUUGGGAUGCUCAGGGAGCACUGGGCAGAGUAUCACAGUUCACAAGGUCCCCAGGAGCCCUCUGAGUGGAAUUCCAGUGAGGACAGCCCCAGCAGCCGCUGUUUCCCCCAUGCAGAGGCAUACUGCUUACAGUAAUGCAAAGCUGCUCAGCAAAGGAGUCAACAAACACAGAGACCUUCCAGACCUCCCCCUUGCAGACCUUCUAAAAGGGAGAAGUGAGGACCUGAAACCAGACCAUUACCUCCGCAAGAGCCCUUCCCUGGAGUCUCUGAGCAAACCCCCCUCAAUGGCCUUCAGCAGCAGGAUGCUGACCUCCAGCCCAAGCAGCCUGAAACCCCCCAGCAAACUCAGUGUGGAGAGAAAGGACCCAUUAGCAGCCCUGGCCCGAGAGUAUGGUGGCUCCAAGAGGAAUGCACUGCUGAAGUGGUGUCAGAAAAAGACUGAAGGUUACCCGAACAUAGACAUUACCAACUUCAGCAGCAGCUGGAGUGACGGCCUGGCCUUCUGCGCUCUCCUCCACACCUACCUGCCUGCACACAUUCCAUACCAGGAACUCAAUGGCCAGGAUAAAAAAAGAAAUCUACUUUUGGCUUUUCAAGCUGCCGAAAGUGUGGGCAUCAAACCCAGUCUGGAACUCAGUGAGAUGAUGUACACAGACCGGCCAGACUGGCAGAGCGUGAUGCAGUACGUGGCCCAGAUUUACAAGUACUUUGAGACCUGAGCCCCAGAGCAGAAGGUGGGCAGAAAUGGGGAAGAGACUGAAGAAUGCCACAGAAGCACUUGAUCACUUUAAAAAUAGCCUCUUUUCUAUUCCAUGAGCCAGCUGAGGCUCCUAGGUUGCAAGGAAAGCUCUUCCACAAUUCUGAUCACAUCUCAGUAACCUUGGACUGCAACCAAAUAAAAAUCCAUUGUCCACCUUUACAAACCAAAUACAGCUGUAAGUUUAUUUCAACAUGGAAACUAUAAGGAGUUUUCUGCCAUUGUGGGAUAUUUCUGAAGAUGAUGCCCUUGUGCUUGAUAAUGAUUGCCUUUCAAACCAGAGUCUGCCAGCUGGAGAUUUGCCACAGAACGAAGUGAAUGUAACAUGUACUUUGUAAAUCAGUGCCUGAAGUAAUGCUGGCACUCAAGGGAUGCUGGCAGAGUAUUGUUGAACCAGUUGACAACAGCGCUCCUCUGACAUAGUUACAAAUACGGCAGGUUUGUGUAGAGUAAACUCAUUACUCCAGGUUGUUCCUAAGUAAUCUGCAAGAAUGUGUAAAUACUUGUUACUUACUACCUAGAAGGCCUUGCUAGCUGUGCCCUGGGCAGUGAAGUGAAAUGCAUAGGUUAUUACUGUAUGUUUAGAUUUGAGGUUACUGUGUAAAAGAACACACAACAGCCAAUAUAGCUGGCAACUCUUCGUGGUGUCACUGAAGCCAGAGCGAAGCCUGUGGGAUCCCAGCGAUCCUGCUGAUAUCUCCUGGCGUAAAGCAGUGUUUCAUUUGUCACUUUACAUGCCUCUUCAUAUUUGGCCCCAUAAACUUGAAUCUUCCAUUUGCUCUCAGAUGGUCUCAGAAUGUGCUCUCUGUGUGGGAUCUACCCUAGGGCAGCUCUGCUGCCCCAGGUUGUGCUGAUAAAAGAAAAUUGUUAUUUACUUACAAUGUUUAACCUUGUGGCCAAGUCCUGAUGCCUCCUGAAUAUUAAUCACCGAGAACUAUGGGUCAUUCUCCUCCCUUACCUAAGGGAACAGAGCUUGCUCCCUGUUCUAACUCACCCCUCUAGUGAGGCAGAAAUAGGUGCUUUCGUGGAAGAAGCCGGAUGUGUUCAGCUUCCUGAUGCUUCGCAAGUGCCCUGCACUCACUUGCUGUUGAUACAAUGCUAGAGUCCACAAGCAGCUCAUUUCAAACCUUCAGUUUCUCAUUUUAAACAACUCAAGUUCUUCCCUAGUGUUAGAUGUUAAUCCCCAGCCUUGGAUUUAUAUUUAGAAUUUGGAUCUUGUUGGUUUUUCCUAAAUGUCUCUAAUUUAAGCCCUUCUUUCCAUGAGUUUUGUCUGUAAAUGGAUGUGGUUCUGGGUGCAUCUGCAGUCCCCAAGGCAGCUUUCCAAGAACGGGGGGAGAGAAGGGAAGGGCCAGGCUGCUGUCAUCUAGACCCUGCACCCAAGAGGGAGGCAGACCACUUGGCCAUGAAUUCACCUAAAGGGUAGUGCUCAGACAGCACAGCUCCGUCCCAUGCAAAGUUUAUAGGCAGCAUACAGGUAUGUGAGGUGCAACAAGCUAGCUUAAAAGUCUGAUCCUUGGCAGAACUCACUCCCUGCACAUACUGAUGGUGAGAGCUUGGUAUGUUCAGGAGGUCACCCACUGCACUUGCUAUCACUUUCUGAAAUCCAGUAACCACUGGGAGACAUGUUACAGACUCACAGCACAGCAGGUGCGUUUAUCUGGAUCUGAAGCAAGGACAGAACUUAAGCAGUUAGACUGAUCCUGGGGGAGAGGAGCAGCUGAUUUAUCCUCCAGUAUGUUAUGCCUGGAGUGUAUUGGCAAGGAGGCCUAAAACAUCCCAGCUUUAAGCUUGUUCCAACAUGGGUCUAUUUCUGUCCUUUCCUGUAGUUGUUACCACUAUUGUCAUGGGACUGGAUCCCUGUUUUGGUGCCAGCUGUCUCAGCAGAAGGAGAUUAAGCCAGCAAGAGUUGAAUCUAGGUCCUGAUAGAGGCUGCAAGAUUUGGAACAGUGUCAAAAAGGGAGACUUUAAGCUCUUAAAGGUAUUUCCUGUUGGUCAAUUUGUUUCUCCUUUAUGAUGCGGGCAGGAUUUGGGGGUGGGUGGGAAUGUCCUUGAAUAAGGAGCAAACUGAACAGAGGAGGUGACCAAAGUCCAGCUUACAACUGCCAUGAAUGGCGCGAGGAAUGAAAGUCUCCAAGAGAUCUGUCAGUCCUUGUAAUACAUAACUCCCCUGUGGCUUUACCUCUUCAGAGGAAUGCACCAUUCCCAAACGUGCACUCAUGAAACCUUUCUGCUACACCGUGUGCUCUCCAUCUAGAUGAUGCUCACUCUCAUGCACACAUACGUGUGCCUAGUUAGUUUUGGCAGGUCACUAGAUACUUAAGUCGAUCCUAAAUGCUGACUUUGGCUUAGCUCUUGAGGAAGAUGGGGAAGAGGACAGUUGAGCUGCAGUUCCAGGAGCCCUGGCUUAAGGGAUGCAUUGUGUAAAUGUUGCACAGUGGCUGCUAGGAAAGAGAGGACACAAAGGGAGUGGAAAGUAGGAUCUAAUGUGCAAAGUCACUGAUCCCACAUAGAAAGCACAAAGUAUUUCAUGUCAUGGGAGGGGAAGGCAGAGAUGAGCCUGGGGUGGGAGGGAAUUGGGAAGCCAGCCCAGGGUCUGGGCCUUCUGGAAAGGAGAGGAUUUAUCGUGAAGCUGACGUGCUGUUUCAGAAGACAUGCAGAAGCUGAGUGAAUGUACAGGAUGUGUGAAAGGGAAUGGGCAGAAGUAUUUGGGUCUUUGUGAGAUAGUAGAGGCCUCAGAAGUGUUGAUGUCUGGAAUUUCCUUCAGCUCUCAAUGUGUGGUCUGUCCUCUUUGUUAUCACUGCCAGCCCAGGUUUUGCCAGAUUUCUGCUCUGAACUCCCAAAGCCUGUGGUAUUCAAAGAAACUUUAAGGGGGCUACGGCAGAACUGGCUUCUUUUUCUCUGCUUGCAAAAGGCAGCUGAUCAGAGCAGGAUAACAGAUGGGUCCCCUAUGCCACUCACUUUGCAGGCUGAUUUUCUGGGAAUGCAAUUUGACUUUCCAGGCUCCUCCCCACAAGCUACAUCCAUUCCCUCUUCCUUUGACAAGUUUCAGCAGUUCUUGAAAAGUUGAUGGGAGCUGCCAUAUCUUCUUUGCCUCAAGCCUCCUUCCUGCUCUUGGUGCCUUUGUCAGUGUAGGAAUGCCACCACAUUGCAGGGGCAACCCACAGGACACCUGAGUCCCCUCUGUUUGAUUUGUGACCCCUGUGGAUACCCUAAAUCUAGCCUUGGUUUCAGUGACUGCCUUUCUCUUGCUUUCUAGUUGGUAAGAACCGGAGAGAAAUUGGUUCAUCUAAUUACAGAUUUUGUACCUUUCUCAUCUUUCCCUGGUCAUGGUACCAAGGCUUCCUUCAGCAAAUGUCCAGGAAGGCCAGCUGUUUGCAAAGCUAUUCCGUGUGUUUGAAAUGCAGUCUGUGCGUUCCUGUCAAAGGAGGGCUUGCUGCCUAACAGGACUCAGGUCACAAGCAUUAAGACAUUUCAUACAGUUGGCAAUAGCUUCUACCUUUCCAAACUGGAAUUGCUUUCCACCAACACUCCUUGCUAUUUAGGCUCAGCCACUAACACAGUGUAGAGGCCAGGCAGUAAUCUACUCACCAUUAACCUUUUUCAUAGCUGAUGGUCUCUUAAUUUUUAACUUGCAUCUGUGCCAAAUUUUACUGGGCAGUGCUGGGCACAGCAUUUUUACUGGUUUUGACCCAUACUAGAAUUUUGCCAGGUAGAAGAACCAUCUCUAAUAGUCAAGUAAUUUUAGCUCUGUCCAUUGUCCAUUGGAUACAGUUGUUACAUCCAUGAUCUAAUUUAUACAAAGAGCACACUAGAAUGUAUAUACUAGGCAUUGUCAGAUUUGGACAUGCUAAUACAGAUGUAUUUAAAGAUUAACACUAUUAAAGGACACAAUGCAAAAUCUGUGUAAUAUUUCUAAUAAAUCUUUUUUUUCUGA